AGAGGCAAAUUUGGUGUGUGCGCUUCUGUGCCGACCGUAUGAUAUUUCAAAUACUUGUGUAGGUACAAUAGUUUUGAUGCGAAGAACUGCAAGCUUUGCUGACUUUUGUCUAUUCUAUGAACAAUAAUUCUCAACUGGCACCCUGUUUUAAGGAUAGUCAUAUAUGUUUCUAGUCUGCUUGGGUGACUUGCAUAUUCUUUACAAGUUUGUAUUGACAUUUUUUCCCCCGUACCUAACAAUAUUCAUUUGAUACAAAUAAAAGUUUCGGCAUAUUUGGUAAAUUAGCUUUUAUUUGAUAUAGAUAAAGAUCAAACAUUUCUGACAAUGGAUAAAGAAAAGACGAACGCCUUUAAAACUUCUCCUCAAAUGGAUUGCUUAGAAAAAUUAGCAGUAUCUCUUCCAUCGGCGGCUUUCGGCUUAGUUCCAUGUACUGAGAAUAGGGACUUCGAUACACGUCUCUUAAAUAAGUUUCAGUCGGGAAGGAAGGCAUUUGGUAUGAUUAAGUCGUCACGUACUCUGUCGGAACCCACUUUACCAACAUCUAAAUCACUGAAAAGUAUGACAACAUCCAAUUUCGUUUCUCCUACGUUUGCAAGGUAUAUGCCUUACUUUUUGUCAUCUCUCAGCGAUGAUUCAAGCUCGUCGACAACAAUGUCUUCUAUCUCUGUGUCAAAUUUAAGUGAUGAAUCCAGUAGUGUGAGACUUCCAUUGUCUCCAAGUCAACUUUCCUUACCAGAACCUCCAGAUGGAGGUUGGGGUUGGGUUGUUGUAAUCGCCACAUUUUUUGUACACAUGAUAACCGACGGGGUAAUAGUAUCGUUUGGCGUUUUUAUUGAAUCUCUCGUUGAGGAAUUCCAAGAUUCAAUGAGUGCCACUUCGUGGAUCGGAUCAUUUUCGUAUGGUAUUCCUGCGCUCGCCGCCCCUUUGUCUUCGUUUCUGCUUAAUCGCUUUGGAUGUCGAGUAACAUGCAUGGUUGGUGGGCUGAUAAGCGGUCUAGGAUGUUUUGCUGGCGCCUUCACCAAUUCUAUUAUAUCACUGGUCUUUUCGUUUGGUAUUUUAUCUGGUCUGGGUGCAAGUUUGUGCAUAACAUCAGCUCUUGUUGUUGUUUCAAUGUACUUUGAUAAUAGACGAGCUACUGCCACUGGGUUGUCUAUAGCAGGUACAGGUGUCGGUGCACUUGUAUUUGCUCCAAUGGUGGACAUGCUACUGAAUAUUUAUACGUGGCGAGGGGCUAUGAUGAUACUAUCUGGGUUUUUCCUAAAUAUGAUAGUGUGUGGUGCUCUGAUGCGUCCUGUUGAAACUGACGUCGAAAAACGACAUAGACAACGUCUUGCUUGGUUGGAACACCUAGCUCGCGAGUCGGGCUUACCACCUUUUGAAAGUGCAGACUACUUGGAUAAGGAUGUGCUUGGUCGUAUAAAGUUGCUACGUGACCAUAUGUUAGCUCCUCGCAGAGUUACAAUGAGCUAUUUACACUCAACAAACGAGAUUAAUAGCAAGUUGAUUUCAUCUAGUAGUUGUUUCAAAGUUCUAGAAAACAAGACAAAUUUAUCUAAAGAUAUCCUUCAAAUCCCCUCGAUCCACUCCAAAUCACAACUACUAAAUAAGAAAGCGCUACAAACGCAAGAUCAGGAUGUAUGGAAAGACGGUGCAUCCACAUUUAAAUCUCGAAAUGUGUCAGGGAACAAGAAAGUGUGUAGCUUCAUGCUCCAAUGUCCGGAAGUCAGGUCCGAUGUAGUUUCGUUCUCGCGUUUAUUUCCUAUUGAAGAUUUUGAUUGUGGUGUACAAGAUAAAAACCAUGAAGCAAAUAAUAGACGUGAAAUUCACAAUACUAACGGAAGUCUUAAAUCGUUCAAGAACUUUAUUCAUUAUAACCAUGAAGACACUGUUUGUCCUAAGAAGGAUGAAGCAUGCGUUUUAAAUCAUUUUUGUCAAGACAAUCAGACAUAUAUGCGCGGUGAUUGCUGUGAAACUAGUUCCCUCAAGUUUACACAUAAUACCUCCCAAAGUUAUAAUCAGAAUAAAAUUCUUCGAGGUUCUUCAUCUAGUUUGCUUGAGUACUAUCGCUCUGCACAUCAGAGUUCAGUAAGUCUGCCGGAUCUUCAUCAUCUCAGAAGGGUGUACAAAACAGACACUUCUAGUGAAUCUGGUGUGUCAUCUCAGUGUUCACUGGGGUACAACUGUAGUUGCUUAGCAAAUAAAAAGUCUGGAUUCAAGUCGGUGGAUGAAGGUGAAAAAUGUCAGGAUCGGGGAAUAUAUUGUUGUAACUGUUGUACAGAAAUGUGUGCCGACAAACAUGAUAUUUUUCACCGUCUUUUCGAUCUGCGACUGUUUAGAAGACCCACCUUCGUUUUGUUUAUGGUUUCAAAUUUCUUACUCUACUUCUGGUACAAUGUAACAUAUUUUUUUAUGGGUGUGCGUGCUAUCAAUUAUGGUCUUAGUGAAACACUUGCAGCUCUUUUGUUUUCUGUUCUUGGUGGUGCUAACAUGGUUGGUGAGGUUUUGGCUGGAUUUUUGGCUGAUCGUGAUGGCGUCGAUUCUCUGACUCUAUAUUUCUUCAUGAUUCUUGCAUGUGGUGUAUCAACGUGUUUGAUGCCGUUACUUACUACAUUUAUGUCCAUGGCAGUUUAUUCUAGCGUGUUUGGUAUGGGACUGGCGGCUAAUGAUGCUCUGUGCACUGUUCUGUUGGUAGAAUUUGUUGGACUCCAUCGUCUUACAAAUGGUCUUGGAAUUUGUUUUUUUUGUCAGGGUGUCGCCAAUAUUUUGGGACCGCCUCUUAUUGGUUAUAUAAUUGAUCUAACUCAGUCACAUGAUCCAGCCUUCAUUAUUUCUGGUUUGGGUAUGGUUUUGGCAGCAUUUUCAGUUGUUCCUAUUAUUAUACAGCAUUUUCGAAGAAGGCGUGCUCGCCGAUUACGUCGUUUACAACAAAAUUGUUCUGAAAUUGUAUUAGAAGCUCAAACGUAACAACGAUAAUACUACUAUUAUUAUUAUUACCAAUAAUGGUUUUUCUAUGAUUCACCACAAUGACCACUACCUUAAAAGAUAACGUAAUAUUAUCUUGCUCAGAUUUUAUUGAUAGUUUUUUUUCGACUAGUUCGUUAUAUUUUGUUUCUUCUCUUUUCUCCUUGCAGUGUUUCUUAGAUGUGUCGAAUGUUUAUUUCAGACUUGGUCCUGUCUUUUUCAUUGAGAUUACUUUUGAAAUCUACUGCUAUUACUAUCACUAUUAUUAUUAUUUAUCGAAAUAAACAUUGGUUUUACUUAUCAGUACAGUCCAUAAUGGCUGGUUUGAUUUUUAUUCGUUAAAAUUUAUACACAUAUUUAUUAAUUAACUAUCUGUUUAUUGAUUUUUGUUUUAAUCCGACAGUUUUAUGUGUUGUACACCAAUUCAAAAAAGUGCAUUAGUCAUAAAGAUUAUCCUUUAUUUUGUUCAACAAAAUAAUUAUAGCAUUUUAUUCUGUUUAUAGAAGUUCAAAUUACAGUUACUUUAUUUUUAAAUACACAAAGAACUCUACAUUCCACUCAGAAAAAAAGAGUAUUGUUUAUGAAUAUCAUUACUCAACCACAUGCUCUCUUCGCACUGUUUUGUGAUUCGUAUUGGUAUUCUCUCUCCUCAAAACACUUAUCGUUUUGUUUCUGCUGUUAUUUACAUGUUUACUUUCUUUUUAUUAAUCUCAACCUGUCUAUAUACUUUACUUUGUAUGUUCUAUCUCUUUAUUACACUUCUAUAAUUACUAGAUAUAAUGGUAUAACUUAUUAUUUUCAGUCAUUGAAUAUAUAUAUAUAUAUAUAUAUAUAUAUAUAUAUAUAUAUAUAUAUAUAUAUAUAUUCAAUGUACGUGGAUAUGUCACUUCAGUGAGAGAUAAAUGGUGCUUUCAUGACUCAAUUCUUUCUAUUGGCUACGGCUUAUUAUUAAUACAAUUGCAACCAAUACAGCUGCUUUGAUUAUUACUAUCAGCAAUUAUAUUAGUCAUUACAGCUGUUAAUAUCAUUUUUCUUAUUGGUAUAUUAAUAUUGUUGUCAUCCUUACUAUUAUUAUUUUUGUGGAACUUUACUAGUACCUAGAUUCACAGAUAAUGUCACACUAUUUUCAUAUUGUACGCAUUCAAACAUAGUUAUUUUGUAUGUGGAUGUGAAAAAGGGGAAUUUAUUAUUAUAGCCGGUUUUGUUUCCCAUAUUCUUUCUUAAUCUUCUUCUGAGAGAGAUAUUCUUAUUCAAUGUACAUUUUCAGUUGUUUGUUCACCACAUACAUUUUUUUUCAUAGGUAGCAAAACAUUCGAUAAACACUGUAAACAAACUUCAAAUGUUGUGAGUUAAAAUCCGUUGUUGAAGGAAUUCUAUCUAUUCUCUAUCUUCCAUUAAAUCUUAAUUUUCUUUACAGUACUUCAAGUAAAAGCGAUAGAUGAAAUGAUCUUGAGCAGCUCACUAGUCUGUCAAAUGACGGUCAUUAGUUAUCAAACGACUUAUUAAAAAGGUAAUGUGUGGACAGUUUUGAAAUGAUUUAUGAAUCUUUCUAUGUGAAUUGAUUUAUUAUAGUUAACAUAAAAGGUUGGGAGUUAGAAUUGAUGUUUAGCCCCAGGGUUAGAGUUUGUGGAUUGACAUUAGGGCUAGCGUGCACUGUAGUAGUAAUGUUAAACCCUUGUCCAGAUAUUUUUGUGCAUUAAAACACUGAAAAUCUUAUAAACCACAGCAUGUCUACUUCGGUUUUUUAUUAUCCUGUUCUUUUUCCCUGGAAAAUUUAUCACGUUCCUAUUGAAACGUAACUACUCAACCUAGUUCGUUUCUGAUUUUCAUCCCUGUAAUUUUUAUUCAUUUUAAGCAUCCUGUUUUCUAAAUAUUUUAACACUAAAAGUUAUUAUUUAACUCUCUUUGAAUUUCGCACAAAAAUCCAAAAACUGCUAUCUCAAAUCUGAUGGGUUUGCUGGUAUUGUUUUCUUCUGCUAUACUCCACACGUUCAUUUAUACUUUUAAUCCAUAUAUCCCAUCUUGAGUGCUUCACUGUGAACGGUACCGGUUUUUUGUUCCUAUAUUCCAUCUUGUUUGAUUUCCUCUCCUUAUGCUAAUAUGAAAUAUAAUAAUUUAGGCUUAUUUCAGAUCCUUGUUCGUUUAUUACUGAUAGUUUAUUUUUUAUAUUUAGUAAAGCAUAUGACUUGUUUGAAUUAGGAACCAUGUUAAAUUUUGAGAUGUGAUUAUUUCUAUACCUACCACUUAGUUUGUGAUAUUUCCGACCACCUGCGCUGCGGAAACACUAUCAAUUUCAUUCUGAUGCAAUCUCGUCUCUAUUGAUUAUUCUUCCACAGUCAACAAAUUAUCAUAAAAUAACAAAAUCAUCUGUUUAACUAGCUUCUGGUCAGUAAUAAAUUGAGAUUUACAAUUAUAUAAACAUUUAUGCAGCGUGAAAUACGACAUGGAAUUACCAAACACUGAUAUUGGUCAGGUAUUUAAAAACUUACUGAACAAGAGGAGAAUUUUUCAUUCAUAUAAUAUACCAACAGAAAUGUGGAAAGAUCGAAUCGUAAAUAAAUGUUAGUUGAUAUUCUUUCAUAAAUAAAUGCUUCUGCCACUG